AUGGAUUCAUUGCAGAUGGACUCCUCUCAAAUGGAGGCGUUGUCGUCGAUUUGGGUCAUCGUGCAGCAUCAGCUCGCCCAAAUCAACAAUUCCAACAACAUAGCUCAUAUCGGCGCCGUUCUCCUCAACCAACUUGAGGCGCCUUUCAGGAGCACUUUGACAUCAUGGUUUCAGCAGCACACCGGCAUCAACCAGGUCUCAGUCGUGCGCGACAUCAAGGCUCGUCGACACUACAUCGGACCAACUGAUGCUUUUCAGGAGAGCUAUCAAGUUGUACACAUCCAGGGUCACGGAUUUGUCUGGCUUUGGGAUCUCCAGGUUGAUGGUGAGGAUGCCAGCAUCAAUUCCUGCAAUAUCUCUGCCGAGACAGCACAGAACUUUUCCCAGCUGCGUCUUGACGAGAUGGCGCCUACCAAUGAUGUUACGAUGGUAGGUGAUGAGAGCCUCAUCAACGGCAACGGCAUUGACUUUGCCAUGUUGGAAGACAUCGGAAGCCCCGCAUCAAACGGCUCCUCAUUCCCGAGCCCUCAAGUUUUCACCCGGGAAAUUUCAUUCGAUGAUCUACCAGUUGGCAUUAUGACUGCCGAGGCCAUUCAGAGAGACCUUCUUGGCGCCAAUAUUCGCCCGGCUAACCUCAUUGAUCCGAGUCUUGCGAGCAAUCAGAAUGUCCACAACAUCAUCCAUCAGAAUAACAUUGCCCAGGCUUUUACAGAUCACCUGAACAUGAUGGCAUCCAAUGCUGUCCACGAUGACACAGAAGAGGGUCUGACAGCCGCGGAUCUUAUGCCGGCGUUGCAUCGCAUGUUCGUGCCGGGUCUUGAGUCAAUUGCAAUGGAGCAGUUCCACACCACGCUUCCUAAUGGCGCACUCCUUCACCUGUCAAUUCCUGUCGAUGAACCUGAGGAUGCUGUCUCGACCACCGCGCCUGCUGCUCAACAGACUUCCUUGCAAGACAAGAUCCCUCGUCCUGCGAAUGCCUACAUCCUGUACCGCAAGGAUUGGCAUCCCAUAGUCAAGUCUGCAAAUCCAGGAAUCCAUAACAACGAAAUCUCAAAAAUCCUGGGGAAGCAGUGGGCAGCUGAGACACCGGAAGUGCGGGCUGAGUACAAGGAGCUCGCGGAGGAGAAGAAGAGAGAGUUCUACGCAAAGUACCCUACAUAUCGCUACUCUCCUCGUCGGCCGAGUGAGAUAAUGCGCCGAAACACGAAAAGCCGAAAGACCCCAACGAACGGGGCAGCGAAGCCGAGCAAAGCAAAGAAGUGCGGCAACGGGGUUACUGGUGGAGCAGACAGUGCAGUCGAUGUCAGCUCCCCGGGAUCGCCAUUUUAG